GCCCGCCCCUGCCGCGGAGCCCGGCCCGGGGAUAAAGUGGCGGCGCAGACGCCGCGCCCUAUCGCCGCGGAGCCGGCGGCGCGCAGCUCGGCCCGGCCCUAGCCCGCCGCAGACUAGGACCGCGCGGCGCUCGGGGAACGCGGACAGCAGCGCUCGUGGCCCCGGAUUUGAAGAUCGUUUCAGAAUGCCGGAGGAAAGUUCUCCCAGGCGGACCCCACAGAACGUACCUUAUCAGGACUUACCUCACCUGGUCAACGCAGAUGGACAGUAUCUCUUCUGCAAGUACUGGAAACCCAAGGGCGCCCCCAAGGCCCUCAUGUUUGUGUCCCACGGAGCCGGGGAGCACUGCGGCCGCUACGAAGAACUGGCUCAGAUGCUGAUAGGACUGGGCCUGCUGGUGUUUGCCCACGACCAUGUUGGCCAUGGACAGAGUGAAGGGGAAAGGAUGGUGGUCUCUGACUUCCAUGUUUUCAUCAGGGAUGCAUUACAGCAUGUGGAUCUCAUGGAGAAAGACCACCCCGGGCUCCCCAUCUUUCUCCUGGGCCACUCCAUGGGAGGAGCCAUUGCUAUCCUCACGGCUGCAGAGAGGCCAAGCUACUUCUCGGGCAUGAUUCUAAUUUCACCUUUGGUUCUCGCCAAUCCUGAGUCGGCGACAACUUUCAAGGAUCCUCCGAAGAGCUUGCAUGAGUCGAUCGACAGGGCGAUGAGGACGGUAGUCUCUAAGAUGCCACUUCCUUCAUGGGUCCUUGUUGCAAAAGUGCUCAACUUCGUCCUGCCAAAUAUGUCCUUGGGGCCGAUCGAUUCCAGCGUGAUCUCUCGGAAUAAGACAGAGGUGGACAACUACAACACGGAUCCCCUGAUCUGCCGGGCCGGGCUGAAGGUGUGCUUCAGCAUCCAGCUGCUCAACGCCGUCUCGCGGGUGGAGCGGGCCCUCCCCAAGCUGACGCUGCCCUUCCUGCUGCUUCAGGGCUCCGCCGACCGCCUGUGCGACAGCAAAGGGGCCUACCUGCUCAUGGAGUCAGCCAAGAGCCAGGACAAGACCCUCAAGAUCUACGAAGGUGCCUACCACGUUCUCCACAAAGAGCUUCCCGAAGUAGCCAACUCUGUCUUUCGUGAAAUAAGCAUGUGGGUCUCUCAAAGGACAGCUGCGGCAGGAGCUGGGUCCCCACCCUGAAUUCACAGGCCUGGCUGCCAUUUCACAGUCUGGAGGAAGUGGGCAGAGGAAGGGCAGAAGAUGUGGCUUGCAAAAAAAAAAAAAAAGAAAUCUCAAAUUGGAGAGGUCCCUAGCACAAUUUGCUUUAAAAAAGAAAAGACAUUAAUGUCACACACACUAGGCCAUGAGCCAGUGGCUCUACCUUGAGGAGUAGAUGCUCUGUGCAAAAAUGAAGAAGGGUCACCGGCAAUUUUCAAGAGAGGCAAUAUGCCGAAAUGCCCCCUUAACAAAAGCAAAGCCUCUGCCCCGCCUCUACCAGCUCCCACAGAGGUUUCCAGGAAUUCCUGAGGUUCCUUGAGGUGCCAGACUGCAAUAACUUGAGGCGUCCCCUCUCCUGAUAUUAUAGAUCGUUAUCCACCUGCCACCCCCACCCAUCCCCACCCCACCUCCCACCUCCCACCAGCCACUCCUGGGGGACCCUUCUCUGCCCGUGUCACCAGGUGGCUGGGGUCUCCUUGGAACCUAAGAACUCUGGGCAGAUCCCCGGGCCCCUCAGGGGCCCUAGAAAGUAUCCACCAUUUCCUCCAAAUGGGCAGCCACCCCUGACCCUUGUCACUUCCUCUGCGGUGGGGGCAAGACUUAGCCUAAAAGGAGAACCAAUCAAGCAGGAAACCUUCAUUUCUCCCUCCCGCCCUCACCCUUUCCUUCUCUGUCAGGGCGGCACGUGGGUUGCCGGCUGCCUCCCGCGUAUAUUCAAAGAGGGUGCCUUUCCUUAGCAACUUUUACUGGACACUCUACUAAAAGAAAAAUUGUAUUGAAGAUGAAAUGUUUAAUAUAUAUAAUGUAUAUUCUAAAGCAUACACUAUUUGGGUGGGAGCCAGGGGGGCUCGAAGGAACUUGAGGCAAGAAGGCAGUUUUGUUGCCCGCUGCCCGGUGUCCAUCACAAGCCCAGCUCAGCGCUGCAGCCCUAACGGGUUCUUGGUGGGGGGGGGGGGGGGGGUCCCAGGCCCCUUUGCGGCUGGGCAUAGUCAGAACGCCUGGGAUGGUCCUCUGGGUUGGGUGGUGAGGACCCCCGUGCUCAGGUUGAUAAGCCACAGCCCCAGACAGGGGAGCCUGGGGUUGGGCAUCGUCUGGCAGGAAGCUUCCGGCGGUGAGCAGGGCUGCAUGGGCUGGAGGGGCCCCAUCCCAGGCCCUGACCUGUGCAACCUGGGCCUGCCCAGCCCAAGGAGCCUGCAGAGCCUGCAGAGCCAGGGCCUGUGACUGAGCAGAGGCAAGGCCCACGGAGGCCACAGGCCAGGGCUGGUCACCCUGUCCCCACCCACAGCAGCCCACCGAGGUGGAGAGGGUGGCACUCCUGAGUUCCGGCACAGUCUGGCCUGCUUCUCUCAGGUGCAAACCUCGCCCUCUGCCCUGCCCUCCACCUGUAUUUAGGGCCAGCAAUAAAAAGGGGGUGGCCAGCCGGGAAUGGGGAAGCUGGCACUCUCCCGAUAGGGGUUCCUUUUACCUCAUGAAGCUGAUUGGUGGCAAUUAGGCCUCUGGGUGGGGUCACUGGGUCCUGGGGGUAGGUGCUGCCUGCCACCAGCUUCCUCCCUGUUGGUUUUUAGACCAGCACAGCCGCAGGGAACUUAUUCCGCAUGGAUGGUGCAAUCGGAGGGUCCCGGGGCCACAAACGGAGGCUGCAAGCCCGCAACAGGGCCCCCUCUGAGCACCGAGGCCAGGAAUGGGGGCUUGGACUGAAAAUCCCCACCUGCAUCCCCAGCAGCAGGAAGAGCUGCCCAGUCUCUCACGCCUUGUAAUUCUCAGGGCUUAUUCUGAGUCUCCAGGGAGGGGAGCCCCUCGUUCUCCUUUCCCUCGCUGGCCCAAGAGCUGUUCACCAUGGAGAGGCCCGGAGCCCCCAAGGUGAAGGAGACUGGGCCCUGGGGGUCCACGGGUGGGAGUUCUCCUGGAUCCUGCCCCAAAGAGAGGCUGAGCUCCCCCCAGAUCCCCAACAGUGAGCAAGGCAGAUGUUUAGGGUGCUAACGACCCCGAACCCUACGCAGGGCAGUUUCCACUUAUUUCUUUGGCGUCUCUUGGGAGAAGAAAAAAGGUGUUGAGAGAGAUCAGUCUCCACCUGCCUGAUGGGGCCCCGUGCAGCUGGGCAGCAUCGUUUCCACUUCUCAGCGAAAAACUGCAGAAACUACAUCUGCAAAUCCGAGCUCCCCAGAGCUUAGAUCUGUGCCCCGAGCUGUGAUAUCACAGGUCAGCUAAUGAACCUGCCCAACCCCUCCUCCUUCCCUGCCCGCUGCCUCUCCCUGUAGCAUGUUAUGACGAUGCCAUUUCCCAAAUUAAAUAUCAGGGAUGAGGUCUGACCAAGGACACUUUCAGAUACAUGAAUUUAUUUGCACGGAAGCUCUCACAGAGACACAUGACCCAUUCAGUCUCCUUGACUUGUCUGAUUAAAGAACUGCCUAGAUUAAAAAAGAACAUUGUUUGAAAUCGGGGACUAUCUUACCUGAUCUGGAAGAGCACGCCCACCUGCUGAGAAGGGAGAUGGUGCAGGAGUAGGGGGUCUUCAGAUGUGUCUGGAAAUUAUGUUUGAUCUCGGGGACACGCCCAGCUUUAGAGUAGAGCCUGAGCUGGGUACAGGAUUUGGAGUUGGGAGGGCUUGGCCCCGAGAAGUGGAAAGGAAGGCACAGCCAGGGAGGAGCUCCUGCAAACUCUGCCUGGGUGAAGGACACAACUAAUUGGGGCAUUCGCUGGAACCCUGGCAUGGAUGAGACCCUUCCCCAUUCAUUCUGACUCCACGCUAGCUCAGCCAAAAAUGGCUUCCAUACCUGCAGCCAGGGGAGCUCCCACCUGGUGCCCCUUGGGAGUCCCAAGGCCCUCUUCCUUUGCAGGGAUGAUGGAGGUGGGGAAGAGAGGGCUACCUCUGCCCUUCCAGCAGUGAGCAAUCCCAGCUCCCUCCCAGCCUUCAGAUGGCACUGGGACCCACCAUGCAAACACUAAAGAAUGCCACGGGAACCCCCCUGGUCCCACCCAACACCUCUUUUCCAGGCACUGUGUGGCUCUCACACUCUCUUUUGGUUCACUCUCACCAAUUACUAACAUAAGCCCACGAAGAUCACGAUGAUUUUCCACGCAGUUUACCUGUUUGUAAUCGCCACCACAGCUCAGCCACUUCCAUACAUACUGCUAGUGGGGAACGCGUGUAUCCGUUUAGAACUAUUAAAGGAACCAGUGUAUGCUACAGCUAAUCCGAAUAAACCAGAAGUUUUCUGAA